ACUUCUGUGAGAUACUGUAAAUAGACUGUGGAGAUAAUGGUAGUGAUUUAGUGUGAGAAUUACUCUGUGAGAGUUGUUUUUGUAUAUCAGUGUAGAAGGAAAAAAAAAAAAAAGGGAACAGAACCAGAAACCAGAACUAAAAGCCAGACAUCUCAAGCACCUUUGAGCAUGCAGCCAGUUUCAUUCCUAUGCUGAUUUACAGCCGUAAUCACUUUAUCUGACCAAGAUCAAUUGUAAAUGUCUACAAGAACAAGAAAGCACUGAGAUAGAGGUACCAUUAGCUCAGUAGGUCUUUCCAGUUCCUCUUGUAUCAUGAUCCUGAAAACUUCAAAGCCUUGGACUCAAUGGCUAGUUUGUCUUAUCUUACCGUGGGAAAAACCAAAUGGAAAACCAUUUUCCAUCAGUUUCUGUGACAGAUGGUUGACUGCAAAGAAAGACCGCUAGGAUGUCAAGGACAGCCCUCUUAUCAGAACCACAAAUUUAUGUCCUUUUUACAUUUUUUAAUCAUUGCUCUGUCUUAAGCUAAGGACCAACAAAGAGGCGGACUUUCUCAGACUGAUUAAAGGAGAGACAGUGAGGCCUGGCACUCAUUAACAUCGUCUGUGUCUGAUGGCACCGGUGUCUGGUCCAGGCUCUCCUGAGGAGCCGUCUGGCACCAGGCAUGACACAGGCAGUGGUCAAAACCUCAUCAAUGGUGUGACUGCACAAGCAGAGAUCAGAAGGACACUGUGCCUGGCAAAUCUGCUUAAGUGCCUGAAGAUCUUUCACUUGAAGAGAGAGAUGAACUGUCUAACAUUAGACGAAGGAAAAAGGAGCUGCUAGAUGACAUUGAGAGGUUAAAGUUUGAGAUCUCAGAAGUCAUGACAGAGAUUGAACAUUUAACAUGUGUCAGAGAGACCAAAAGCACUCAGAGGAACAAGCAGAUUGCUGUUGGAAGAAAGAAAUUCAAUAUGGAUCCUAAAAAGGGAAUCCAAUUUCUUUUGGAGAAUGAUCUUCUGCAGCACACACCUGGGGACAUCGCUCAGUUCCUCUAUAAAGGCGAAGGCUUAAACAAAACUGUCAUAGGAGAUUAUUUAGGGGAACGAGAUGACUUCAACAUUAAGGUUUUGCAGGCAUUUGUGGAGCUUCAUGAGUUUGCUGACCUCAACCUGGUGCAAGCGUUGAGGCAGUUUUUGUGGAGUUUCAGACUUCCCGGUGAAGCACAGAAGAUAGAUCGAAUGAUGGAGGCCUUUGCUGCUCGAUAUUGCCAGUGUAACCCAGGUGUCUUUCAGUCCACAGACACAUGCUACGUUCUCUCGUUCUCCGUCAUCAUGCUCAACACCAGCCUACACAACCCUAAUGUCAGAGACAAGCCCACAGUGGAAAGGUUCAUCUCCAUGAAUCGGGGCAUCAACGAAGGAGGAGAUCUGCCUGAGGAGCUGCUCAGAAAUUUAUAUGAAAGCAUUAAGAAUGAGCCUUUCAAAAUUCCUGAAGAUGAUGGAAAUGAUCUAACUCAUACAUUCUUUAAUCCAGACAGAGAGGGAUGGUUGCUAAAACUAGGGGGAAGAGUGAAGACCUGGAAGAGGAGGUGGUUCAUUUUGACAGAUAACUGUCUAUAUUACUUUGAAUAUACAACAGACAAAGAGCCUCGGGGGAUCAUUCCACUGGAGAAUCUUAGUAUAAGAGAGGUGGAGGAACCAAGAAAACCAAAUUGCUUUGAGCUUUACAACCCCAGCCAUAAGGGGCAAGUAAUUAAGGCAUGCAAGACGGAGGCUGACGGAAAAGUGGUGGAGGGGAAUCACGUUGUGUACAGAAUAUCUGCACCCACGCCAGAGGAAAAGGAAGAGUGGAUCAAAUCCAUCAAGGCAAGCAUUAGCAGGGAUCCUUUCUAUGACAUGCUGGCUACUAGGAAACGGCGAGUGGCUGCUAAAAAGUGAGCUGUAGACCUACAGUUUGGAUUUUAAGGAUCACUCUUCAAAUGUAAACCUUCACAUGGGAUCCUGCACCCUUCAGAAGGUGACAGACAGACAGAGGCAAGAGCUCUCUGAGGAUAAAGAAGGACAAGAUUUUAAAAAUGUUGGUGUCUGAAUAUGUCCUGUGCUAAUCUAAAGGGUAUGUACUUAAUAUUUCUCUCCAAAUUAAUUGUAUGGGGAGUACAAUGAUAGUAAUGGAUGCAAUUAUAUGCUGAAUUUGUGUUUGUCAAAAAGAACUUUAUGAGACUGACUCAGUAUCUGCCUAAUUCCAUGUAAGGGUCAAAUAUAGAGUGAGUAGCGCCCCCUGCAGCCUACAGCAGGAACUUUACUGUCCACUAUCACAAAUAUCCUGGUAUAGUUGUGUGGAGAUGUUCUCAAAUCAAGUCUAAAUUUAAGAUGUGGCAAUGCAUAGAUGGCCAAGAAAUGUAUGUAAAAUAUACCAAACUACUGGUGAUAAUGUCAAUUCCACUCACAUUUUUCCGAAAAAAAAAAAAAAAAAAAAAAGUCUAUGAAUACAGUAAAUAAGUAAAUACAUUAUGGCAGGGAAUCAUGCUGAGUAUAAUUUUUAUUGCUAUCGUAUAUCAAAUUUCAUUCAUUGUCUUAAUUGUAGUUUUAAAUGGUUUUAUGUUUAGUUGUUUCAUGUCAUAGUCAUCAAAAUCAGCAGGACUGGUUGCAUGAAUUAGAAGAGAAAAUAAUCAGAAAGGUUUUUUUUCAUAUUAUAUUUAUUAUGGUUUAAUUUUCUUAAGAUAAAAUACUGUAAACAAAAUUGUUUCUGAAGUUCUCUUACUAUGCUAAUUAUUUGAUGCCUUUUCAAAAAUACAAACACCUGUUUGUAUACACUUUUUGAUUUAAAUUGUUGCUGAUUUAAGUUAACAUAUUUUGUUUUAUUUAUGUAAUAUUGCCAUCUGUUAUAUGAAUCCAUUUUUGGUUUUGUUUUUUUACUGUUUGUAAAUAACAUAUAUACACACGCAUUGAGUUUUAAUAUUUUAUGGGGACUUUCCAUAGACAUAAAGCUUUUUAUACUGUACAAAAUGUAUUGUCUAUCCCUUAAACCUACCCAUAACAGAAAACUUUCUGCAUUAUUAAUUUUUUUUUUUUUUUUUUUUUUUUUUUAAACAUCAUUUAGUAGGAUUAAUAAGUUAAUUUCCUCAUGGGGAUCAAAAUAUGUCCAAUAUUUUGUACCCUUAAUGUACCAACCACACACACACACACACACACACACACACACACACACACAAAGUAACACCACAAAAGCCAUAGUUCAUUCAUCCAUGGAUCUAAAACUGAUGUAUAUGCAAUUUUUGAAUACAGCUAAUCAGCUGUGAGCUUUUAAGUAAAGACUGAUAACUCUGUAAACCUGAAACUCAUAAUUCCUAUGUCGUAUUGCAGAGCAUAAAGGAAAUACUCAUAGAUACACUCAUCACACUGAUUCUGAUAUCUGUCCACUGUUAAAACAUGAAUCCAUAUAAUACAAAUUAAGUCGACCAUUCUUUCUCUAUAAUUUCAGCUAGUUUAAAGUUAACACAGCCCCUGUUACCUGUUAUCAUCACUGUCCAGUUCCAUGUAGGGCAGCAAUACUAAUCAUAGUGAAAUACAGAGAAUACGGUUUAUUUUAAAUAAAUUCUACCAACAGUGCAGCUUCCUUUGCUACUUUUACCUGUUAGCGAUAAGCCAUAAUGAUAUGCAACCAAACCCAUCUGAAAUUUAAGGCUUAAAAUUGAAUACCUGUAUUAUUUUAUGGAAAACUAUGUUUUUUAUAAUAGGUCUAUGUAAUGUUGUAUUAUUAUAAUAAUGUAACAAUAAGUAAAAAAAUAUUAACUUAUAAUCUGCUUAACAUUUUUAUGGUAAAUAUGCACGCAUGCGCUUAAGACUGUAUUUCAGAACUCUCUGUAUGUGUCAGUAAAUCAAAAUUUAGAUAUCUUAGAUGGAACAUGGAUACAGGUCUGUCAGUCCUGUCAAUCAAGCCAUUGGACCUCAACUCAUGACCUCAAGAACUGACCUAAUAAAACAUUUUAUGUUGAGAUUCAAACAAA